AGAAAACAAGAAGAAUUCCACGUGUACCGAAAAAUGGCGGCGUAUUGGAGCCACUGGGGGAGAAAACAAUCGAACUUAAGAUGUUUAAUGAGAAGAAACCCUCUUGUUCGUAACAGAAAUAAGAUUUCAAGUCAAAGUCAUGUUGAAUUAGCAACAUUAAGUAAGGUGCCUGGGAAGAAUUAUCCUCUCUGGUCCACCCAAAGGGAGUUUCAUAACUCAGUUGCGUUAUGGAAGUUAUCCCAAUUUCUUUUGUCUGAUCCUGGUGAGGGAAUUAAAGAGGUUACUAUAAAGAAAUGGUUUGUUAAACCUGGUGACAAAGUAGAGCAUUUUGAUGACCUCUGUGAAGCAGAGACCGACAAGGCAACACUGACAAUAACUAGUCCUUAUGAUGGUAUAGUAAAGACAAUACAUUAUGAAGAAAAUGCAAUUGCCGUUGUUGGAAAUCCCUUAGUUGAUUUUGAACUUGAAGAUGAUGAUGAUAGCAUCACAGAAACUGUUGAACAACAUGAAGAUAUUUCAUCAUCAAAUAUUGAACCAGAGAAAACGUUGCCAAAGGCAGAGCCGUCCAGCAGCAAGCAAUCUCGGGUCCGUGAGGUUUCCAAAAAGGUGUUGGCUACUCCAGCUGUUAGAAAAAUGGCUAUGGAAAAUAAUGUAAAUUUGAACGAUGUUAGUGGUUCAGGAAAGGAUGGAAGAGUAUUAAAGGAGGACAUUCUCAAUUUUCUCAAACAAGAUGCUGUACCUUCUCCCAUCCAAACCACGCCGUCAGCCAUACCCAGUGAACCACCAACGAAAACUGCGGCACCACGUGCGGCAAUACCACCACCUCCAACACCCUUGCUACAACCGGUAUUAGAAGAUAGGACUGAACCAAUAACUGGGUUUAAAAAAGCAAUGGCUAAAACAAUGAGUGAUGCUUUAAAAAUUCCGCAUUUUGGUUAUUGCGAUGAAAUUACUCUAAACCAACUCAUCACCUUUAGGGAGAAUGCCAAAGAACUAGCAAUGGGCAGAGGAGUUCGAUUAUCAUUUAUGCCAAUGUUUAUCAAGGCAGCUUCCAUGGCUUUAAAAUAUUAUCCUGUGUUGAACAGCUCUGUAGAUGAAAAUUGCGAAAAUAUUACUUUUAAAGCUUGUCACAACAUAGGUAUUGCCAUGGACACUAGUCAAGGUCUUGUUGUUCCUAAUGUUAAAAACGUUCAAAAUAAAUCAAUAUUUGAAAUCGCUGAAGAACUAAAUACUUUACAAGAGCUUGCCUUGGCAGGCAGACUGGAGCUGGAACAUUUACAAGGAGGAACAUUUUCAUUGUCAAAUAUCGGAUCUAUUGGUGGUACAUACGCUGAUCCUGUCAUUUUACCACCUCAAGUAGCCAUUGGAGCUUUAGGAAAAUCCCAGGCUGUACCGAGGUAUAAUGAGAAAGAUGAUAUUUUUAAAGCUCACGUGAUGUGUGUAUCAUGGUCGGCUGAUCACCGUGUUAUUGAUGGGGCAACGAUGUGUAGAUUCUCUAACCUUUGGAAAUCUUAUCUUGAAAAUCCUGCAUCUAUGUUGAUGGAUUUGAGAUAACAAAUAGAUAUAAUUCCUGAAUAUAAUAAUGUGUGACAUGCCACAGUAUAUAAAUAUAAGAAAAAAGAUAACUGUCAUAUAGUACUAACGAGUAAUGUAGCACUCCCUCCCUCUUUCCCUAGGUAACUAAGCUCUUCAUUUGUGGAGAGAAGUUCACUGGAACUGGUCACAUGACCAGCUACAAUCUAGCAAAUAAUUUUGAAAGUUAUUAUAAUUGUUAGAUCUUAUAUGUAUAUGUCAAAGCUUUGCAGCUGGUUUGACUGGAUAGGUCAGUCAAACCAGAGACCGUACAGUAUAGACAUGAACUGGACUUCUCGAAUAUUUACAUAAUCACGAGUAAGAACUACACACCCAUAGAGAUAAAAAAAAUAGCAGAAGCUAGGUUUAUUAUUAAUCUAUUGGACGGUCCAUUUAAUAAAACUUCACUUUUA